UCAGGAUUGUGUCUGCCGCAGACUCCAUGGCGAGCCUAGAGAACAUGCUGACGACAACUGGCAACUUCAAGGCGUCCUACACGCAGCGCGACCUGCUGAUCUAUGCGCUUGGGAUCGGAUGCGGUUAUUACCCUCGCGGGGAGCGGGACAAGAACGUCGAUUCCAAGUUUACUUCGGAACUGCAAGACAAGUUCGCUGCGUUCCCGCUGUACCCGGUCGUCCUUCUCUUCAAAGGCACCUCGCAAGACACAGUGGCGUACCCUCCCCCGAACCUUUCGUGGUUUCCGUCGGGAAUUCCAUCGUUUAACCCUGCUGGCACACUUCAUGCUGAGCAAAGCAUCGAAAUCCACCGACCGCUACCUGCCACAGGUGCCGCGGUGACAUGCCAUCGCCGCGUCCUGUCCUUCCACCCCAAAGGUGCAUCUUCUGCACUCCUCGAAACUGAGUUCAAGCUCGUCGACGACAUGGACAACCUUCCGUUGUGCACCAUUGUCAUGAGCUCGUUUCUGCGAGGAUUCGAGUCCUCGUUCAAAGGUGUCGGUCCGAAGGCCCCAAAGAAGCCCAAGAUGCCUCAACGUAAACCCGAUGCGUCGCUAGCGCUUCCUACGUCGCCAACCCAAGCACUCUUCUACCGUCUCUCUGGAGACUACAACCCGCUGCAUUGUGACCAAGACAUGGCCCAGGCCUUAGGCUUCCAAGAACCUAUCCUGCAUGGCUUGUGCAGCAUGGGGGUCGCUGCGCGCGCCUUAUUGCAUCUAUGUUGCGACAAUGAUCCGACCGCUUUUCGCAAGAUGAGUGUGCGUAUGACGAAACCGUGCAUCCCUGGCGAAACAUUAGAAACGAGGGUGUGGCGCGUUGAUGGCACGUCGACCGUGCACUUUCAGACGCGUGUCGUGGAGCGCGACGUGAUUGUCCUUGAUGGCGGGGAGUUUGUUUUUGGUGCGAGUGCUCGCCUGUAACAACAGAGUGCGAGGACUUAUCUGAGGUCAUAGGGGCAAUGAAUAUGGUUGUGAUAAUAUACUUUGUGGAAGGGAUUGCUCCAUCAUCAUAAUGACACAAGUGUCUUACUUGACCUUGAAUCCUUCAGCACGCAGGCACCGCUUGUGGGCUUCAAUGACGUCGGCGCAGUUCUCUUCGCCGUGGUUCACGACGCACAAGUCGCGCGCGGCUUUGGUCUCAGGGCACGAGCAGCAGAUCUUCUUACCAGACUUUCCCAGGACGGGCGCGGCGGCCGUGGCGGUGAUGUCUGGCAUGUUUUGAUUUUCCC